AUGGGGUCGAGAGCGACCGUAGUCCAGGAGAUUCAGCUGGGGAGAGACCCCGAAUCUCAGCUGCCUGUAGACUCGGGAGACCUGCGCCAGGUGCCUGUAAGUUUGUCGUGGGAGAAGCUGACGGUGACCGUGCCUGAUUCGAAAGGAAAGACACGAGAAAUUCUGAAAGAUGCCUCAGGCUAUGUGGAGCCAGGGUCUUUACUGGCAAUCAUGGGUGCCUCGGGUGGGGGCAAAUCCACCCUGCUCGAUGCACUUGCGGGACGGCUAGCUAAGAACGCACGUGUGGAAGGGAACGUCCUUGUCAUCGGCACCUCGCAGCGCCUGUCAUACGGAAACUCUGCGUAUGUGACCCAGGACGAUGCCCAUUUGAUCGGCACGCUGACGAAGAUGGGCCUCUCCGAGGUGGCUGAUACGUACAUUGGAAAUUGGCACAUCCGGGGAAUCAGUGGAGGUCAAAAGCGGCGCGUCAGCAUUGCAAUGGAGCUGAUCACAAAGCCAAGCUUGAUGUUCUUGGAUGAGCCGACGAGCGGCCUGGACAGCGCGGCCGCCUUCUUCGUAACGGCCUCCAUCCGCAAGCUGGCGUCCGAAAAUCGGACCAUCCUGGCGGUCAUUCACCAGCCCAGCAGCGAAGUGUUUGCUCUGUUUGACAAGCUAUGCCUCCUCUCCGGCGGCAAGACGCUCUUCUUCGGCGCCGCCAGCCAGGCGCUGCCCAUGUUCGAGGCGGCCGGCGUGCCCUGCCCCAAGAACCGCAACCCCAGCGACCAUUUUCUACGGGCGAUCAACCGCGACUUUGAAGAGGUCAAGUCCAAGAGCGACGCGGCGCUCUUCGCGCCCCUCCUCAAGGACGCGGACCCUGCGGCAGAGCUGACGGUGGAUGACGUCAUCCAGAAGCUCGCGGACACGUAUGCGGCGUCCCCGGAGGCGAGCGAAAGGAGCGCCAAGCUGGCGGCGAUUACGGGGAUGCAGGGCCCGCCGCUGAAGCAGCUGCUGACGCCAUCGGUCGGAACGGCCCUUCGACACACAUACAUUCUUACCCUGCGCAGCUUCACCAACAUGUGGCGCAACGUGGGCCUCUAUUGGCUGCGGGUCGUCAUGUACGCGAUGCUCAUGGUCUGCAUUGGGACCAUCUACUACGACAUCGGAGACAGCUACAACAGCAUACAAGCGCGGGGUGCCGUCCUGUUCUUCGUGGUCGCGUUUCUGACCUUCAUGUCAAUCGCCGGUUUCCCUGCCUUCAUCGAGGAUAUGAAGGUGUUUACCCGGGAGCGGCUGAACGGGUACUAUGGCGUGACGGCCUUCGUGCUGAGCAACAGUUUGAGCAGCCUGCCGUUCCUCUUCCUCAUCUCGCUGCUCUCGGCGCUGAUCGGCUACUGGCUCAUCAAACUCCAGAACGAUUUCGGACGCUUCGUCUACUUCGUGCUCAUGCUCUUCUCUUCCCUCGCCGUUGUCGAGUCCCUGAUGAUGGUCAUCGCAGCAAUCGUACCGAUCUUCCUCCUGGGAAUCGCGGCCGGCGCCGGUAUUUUAGGCAUGUUCAUGCUCGUCUGCGGCUUUUUCCGCCUGCCCAAUGACCUACCCGAUCCGGUUUGGCGGUACCCGUUCUACUACCUCAGCUUCCACACAUACGCGUUCGAGGGCUUCAUGACCAACGAGUUCACCGGGCUCACGUUCGAGAACCGGCUGGCGAACUUGCCGCGGCUGACCGGGGAUCAAGCGUUGGAAUUCUUCGACCUUCAGGACAAGAAGAAGUGGAACGAUCUGGCCGUCAGUGUUGGGAUGCUCGUUGCUUACCGCCUCCUCUUUCUUCUCAUUCUGAAGGCGAAAGAGUGGAGACACAAAUAGAGUCGAGCAGUUUUGUAGAGGGGUCUGUGGGCAAACCGCCUCGCCUCUACGCCCUGUGGAUCAGAUGAUUGCUAUGCGAGCCUCCUUUUGCCGCAGCUCACCGAAGCAGAUCAAGUGCGAGUUAUUUUGUUAUAUAACUUAAGAUUUCUCUACUUGACCGUGAGCCCUACGAGAUGGUCACAUGCAGCAGGCACCGGCCCAUCACUGUUAUUCUUAAACAAUAAUAUGAUUGGAUACUGUCAAUAGAAAGCGGGUAGGUUAUUGGAGCGUUACACUAUUAUACAAUAGAAGUCGUAAUUUUUAGCAUAACUGGUUUACCGUUGAAGUUCAAAUGGCGACUCAUACCGGGACGGACCAGUCACAGAUUGAGCAAGGAGAGGCCUUCUACCACCUCAUUGAAUAAUAAGACGAAAGAGCGCUACAAUCUGAUUUUAUCGCAAUUGUCAAUCUGAAAGCAAAAGAGAUCCUUGUAAGUUGGUUGACCCCC